UUAGCAUAAAUAAAUUGAAAUUUGGUUCAGUUGAUUGUGUUAGUCAAUGUGCCUAGUAUGUCAUCUUUCCUGCCGAAUGAAAUAUACAAAAUGCUAUUUAAAUUACCAAUUUUAGUUAUCUUACUUUCAACAAUUAAAACAGGAAGUGCCACAGAUUUGGUGGAUUUACCAUUAAGCAUAAGUAGCAAAAGCGCUGAAAUUCAAGCAACUUUAACCGAUGCAGAUGGAACCAAUAAAUAUUUCAUUCAAGAAUCAAUAUCAGCUUCUGGUGCUAAAAUCAGAGGAAAAAUUGUGAUCUCAGGUGAAAAGGAUUCCUACAAAAUCUAUUAUAAAACUGGUCCUAGUCUCAACAAGAAACGCUUGGUUAUUCACGAUAAAAUUUGCAUACCAUUUACCUACAAGAAUAAUUGGGAUGAAACUUUACCUGGAAUCAACAAACGUUUAACUAAUCUGAUACUCUUAAUGGGACCUUCAAUUUUAUACCGACUUGACCAUUCCUCACAUGUUUGGAAAUCAGUUGAAGAUAAAAACAUAAGAGGAACCAUGAUGAAGGGUGCAACAACUGAAAUAGACAAAGUAUUGAAUAUCACUUGUUAUUACAAAAAGCAACUGGAUGGCAAUUCUGGCGUUGAAAAUCCAAGUCGAAUUGAAUUCAGUGGUUAUGAUCCAUCUUCAACUUCAUUCAGUUACAAAGAGAAUCUUAUUCUUGAUAUUUACUUUCAACGUGAAAACAAUCAUGAUGAACUUGCAAAUGAAAUUCAUCCUUUACCUGGAAUCGGAUGCCCAUAUUACUUAUCCACAAGUGAGACUUCAGGCCCGAAUUUGCCCGAGUUGAGAGCUGAUGAUGUACACUUCACUAUGUACGAGUACAUGAAAGGUUCAACUACUUAUCGAACAUUUAGUGAGAUUUAUGCAUCAAGAACGACCAGAUUAUUACGAAUAAAAGCAAAUCUUCUUGGUGUGUCAACUGAAACUAUUUAUGAUUAUCCACUUGGAGUUGCUUACCUCUUUGAAGAGGACGGAUCCUGUAGUAUAUUAGGUGCAGAUUUAAAUUCACCUGGAAUCAGUUCUUAUGGUUUCUUCAAUUUAGCAAGGCUUUUUCUUGCUGAUAAUGCUUUCAGAUAUCUUGGAAAGCUCAACUUAGAACGCCGAUCUGGAUUUUCUGUAGACGCAUGGGAGUUAAUCGAAUAUAAUUUUACUAUCAAUGGGAUAAAGGCAGACAAAGCUAUCAUCACUCAAUAUUUUGUUGAAUCGCGAGACAGUGAAAUAUUUGCUGGCCAUACACUCGUCAGUACCACAGUUGCCAUCUAUAAAUUGGAUUCAUCGAAAAAAACUUACACUUUGACUGAUGAAAUUACAAGGGAUUACAUGAACUUUGCUUCGGUUGGAUUUGAAGAUGAAUUUCAUGAUAUAUUUACAUUGAAAGAGUGUAAAGACUUGUCCAGUGCUAAAACAUUAACCCUUGGUUUCAUAUUACAACGUAAAGACGGCAAUUAUUCUUCCAAAAAACUCACGGAAAGUCACAUUUAUGAGUUGAAACAAGACUUCAUUUAUAAUUUUAUUUUACCCAAAAAAAUCAGUCCACUUCGGGUCGAUAACAUUCAAUAUAAUUUAAACGACGCACAAGUUGAGAUAGAAGUGACAUUCCUGGAUUCACCUAAUUUGCGGGAUACUUUCCACUCUAAAACUAUGGAUGUCAGUGAAGAUACUCUUGAAAGUAGGAGAUACAAAAUGAAAGCAGAAGAUCAAUACGAUUGUCUGGACAAAUUAUCAAAUCUUCAAGAGGCAAUCUCUGUAGUAAUUUAUAGUCCAUCAGAUUCUUCUUGUGGAUAUUUGCAUUAUUUUGAAGAUCUCAAGGAAGACACACAAACCGGAGAAUCAUGCAUCGUAUAUCACUUUCCUGUACGUAAUUUACGUCGCGUUGACCAAGAAUUACCACUCGAUAAAAUUCACAAUACUUUUUUGAAAGACGCAGGAAAAAGUUACAAUUUGUUACAAAGUGGAUAUAAUCUCGAUGAUUAUAAAUUGAUUGAUGUUAUCGAUAAAACGAAAAACCAAGUUACCUCUGGUGUCUUGCUAUCCAGAAUUAGAGUUGAUGUAAAAUUGAAAAGCGAAGAUCAAGUUACAGUGACUUUACCAGAUGUAAAAACCUUGGCUGAUUGUUAUCGAACCUGUCAUAAUUCCGAGCAACUUGCAUGCAAUACUUUCUCAUUCUGCUCAAAUGGUGACUGUAGAGUCAGUAGCUUACUAACUGACGAAUCGUUUAAUGAAUCGCAUGUUGAACAAGAAAAAACAUGUUCUAUUUACGCUUCAGAAGUUCUCAAUGAUUACUUAGAAGUACCUCAUAGGAAAUUUAAAACUCAGAUUACAAUCGCAGGCGAGAAACGGAUUGACGCUUGUGCCGAAUCUUGUCAUGCUUCGCCUGAUUGCUUGUCUUUCCAAUGGUGUGAUUAUCAUUGUAGUUUUGGUGGUUUUUAUACAGAUGCAGCUACUGAAUAUGAUGAAGAAUGCAGUGUAUUUCUUCCCAAAGUAUUUGAAAAAUACCAAAAAACGGGCAACAAAAUUGUAUCUGAUGUUAUUCACACUGAAUUUAAUUUAAAUUUUGAACAAUGUGCAUCAUUAUGUCAUGGAUGGUCCGAUGGUGAAACUGGAUGUAAAUCAUUCAAUUAUUGUCCUAAAAGUAAAACAGAAAGUUCUUGUUCAUUAACUGAAUUUUCAGUUAAAAGUUCCAAUACUGAAACCACAGAAGGAGGUCAUUGCGUAAAUUACGAGUUGAAAGUUGAAUCAAAUGGAAAGAAAAGCAGUGCUUCGACUGAGAUAACUAAAAGAACAAGUGGAUCAGGUGCUUUUGGAAUAAUUAUUUUGUUCUUGUUUGUCGGUGGUUUAUUGGGAUUUGCUGCACCAUUUGGUUAUACAAAAGUUAAACAAAUGCGUAGUGCAUCAGAAGCCAAUGAAAGUUCAAUUUGGACAAGACGAGUAAUAGAAAAUUCUGACAAUAUCAAUUGAAUCUCAUUCACAUGAAUCGGUGAAUGACUUUUGACUAGCCUUUCAUGAAUACAAUAAAAAAGCAAUCAAUA